UUAUGUUCUUCCUAAUUUACCCCUGGAGACAGUCGAAAAUAACACAAGUAGACAAAACAGUGGACGCCAUAACUCCUCAGCAUAACCUUCCACCUCUUCGUAUGUCCUCAUCCCAGACCAGACCAGACCAGACCAGACCACACCAACGCGCACAGCCUAUACUGCUGGGCCAAACCCUUUCAAAAGCCUUCCCAAUUUCAUUUCAAUUCAAUUCAAUUCCAUUUCAAUUGCAUCCGGAUUUCGUUGACGACGUCAAUCGGGAAUUUGUCCAAGUGAAGAAGACGCAUUUCAGCGCAAUUUUAGCUGUGGAUUGAAAGGCGCAUUUGCGAUUUCACUUCAAUUUGCGUUUGGAGGCAAGCGUGGGUGAUGUCAAGUAAGGGAGGAUAUGCGGCGGCGCCGCCGCGGUCUGGCGGUGACAGGUUUUACAAUCCGCCGGCUGUGCGGCGCAACCAUCAGACGCUUUUACAGCAGCAGCAAGUGAUGCAGAGGGAGCUGCACCAGCGACAGCACCAGCGGUUACUACAGGGGAGGGGGUCGAUGAAGCAGGAAUCUUCCUCCGAGAGGGAGGCUGAAAAGCGGGCUGAUGUUGAUGAUUCAGCCAUGGCGGCAGCAUUGUCCGUACCGCGUUCGGUUGGCCCUGCCGCAGCUUCGAACAUCACCAACUUAGAUCGUUUGAUGGAAUCUGUGACUCCGUACAUCCAGGCGCGAUUUUUCUCGGAGGUGCAUGCAAGGCGAAGCAGGGCAUCAGAUUCACAUCCCUUCUUUUACUUGGAGGAUCUGUGGGAAUCUUUUAACGAAUGGAGUGUGUAUGGAGCUGGAGUACCUUUGCUGCUAAAUGGAAAGGAUUCGAUACAACAGUAUUAUGUUCCCUUUUUGUCGGGAAUACAGUUGUAUGCUGAUCCAUCAAUGCAUUCUUCAUGUGUUAGAGGAUCCUCCGACAACAGCUAUGCUGAGUCAUACAGACAGACUGGUGGCGCCAGCAGCAGCAUCAAUUCUGAAGGAGAUAGGAGAUCUGCUUCCAUUUUGAAUUCAAACAUGCAGCGUCUAAAUAGGCUCGCCUCAGGAGAUAAAUCUGUUUUAAGUUGUUCAAGCUCAGAAACUGACGCUCCUAAAUCACCAGGAUCACUGCUGUUUCAGUAUUUGGAACAUGAGCAACCAUACAAUCGCAGACCACUGGGCGACAAGAUAUCAUUACUUGUAUCCCAAUCUCCCGAGCUGAGUAAGUAUAGGAGCUGUGAUCUACUUCCAUUGAGUUGGAUGUGUGUUGCUUGGUAUCCAAUUUAUCGGAUUCCUGUUGGCCCUACACUCCAAGAUCUGGAUGCAUCUUUUUUGACAUUUCAUUCCUUAUCGACGCAGCCUAAAAGUAACUGGCCACAUCAGUUACAUGCUGCAAACACUAGAAUAGUUCGGGGUUUUGUUGAUCCAACCGCAAAAAUUUCAUUGCCUGUCUUCGCCCUUGCCUCCUACAAGCUGAAAGGAUCCAUUGUGAGUCCGUGUGGACCCCAUGAAUGCGAACAGGAGAGAGCCCUUUUGCAAACAGCAGACACGUGGCUGCGCGGCUUGCAAGUUGUUCUACCUGAUUACCAAUUCUUCUGUUCUCAUCACCGUCACAGGAGGUGAUGCUAAUGUGGAGCUGACAGAGCCUAGUUCGACAUAUAGAAAAAAGAAAAAAAAAAAAGAGUUCGGGUUCUGAGAACAUAUAUUGUCACCAGCAAAUAUGUUCUGGUAAAUUGUUGUGCAGUAUUGUUUAAAAGCUUUUUGAGUAGAGUAGGAUAUCAGAUGAGAAUUCGGAUUCGGCCAGGUUUUGAUAGAGACAUAAUACAUUUGAUGGUGAUCUUAGCAUAUUAGUCGAAUGGCUGGCUGUGCGUAAGCCAGUUAAUAGAACCCGAAAAUGUCCAUGUAAAAGAUUAAAGAUCGAAUAAUCUGUAAUAUGUAUUUGAUUGGAUACGUGAAUUUAUGGGAAAAAAAACACAAAAAAAGAAGAAAAGAAAAAAGAAAGAGAACUUGUUUAUGAACAAAA